CAUCAUCGGCUGGAGCUUCUUCUACCUGUUCGCGUCCUUCACCUCCAAGCUGCCCUGGACGACGUGCUUCAACUCCUUCAACAGUCGAGACUGCUGGCAGAUCGACUGGGACACCAACACCACCAACGUGACGUCACCGGAAGCUGACGUCAUCGGCACCACGUCAGGGCCGGGCAACAGGACGUACAACGCCUCGGUGUCGGUGUCGUCCACCAUGGAGUUCUUUGAACGGGGCAUGCUGGAACUAAACCACUCUACAGGGCUGGAUGACCUGGGCGUGGUCAGAUGGCAGCUGGCACUCUGCACGUUCCUCACGUUCACCGUCCUCUACUUCUGUCUGUGGAAGGGCGUCAAGAGUACAGGGAAGGUAGUCUACAUCACGGCCACCCUGCCCUACGUCAUCAUGACCAUCCUGCUGGUCCGUGGGGUCCUGCUGCCAGGGGCAGAGGACGGCAUCAAGUAUUUCAUCACGCCCAAGGUCGACAGUCUCCGGAAACCUAAGGUGUGGAUUGACGCUGCCGUGCAAAUUUUUUUCUCUGUCGGGUCCGGGUUCGGAACCCACAUAGCCUACGCCAGCUACAACAAGUUCCACAACAACUGCAAGCGAGACUGUAUCAUCACAGUGAUCGUCAACUCGGCGACCAGCCUGUUCAGUGGGUUCGUCAUCUUCUCCUACCUCGGCUACAUGGCCCUCAAGACACACAAGGACAUCGAUAAGGUCGCCACGGAAGGUCCGGGCCUAGUGUUUAUUGUGUACCCUGAGGCCAUAGCAACACUUCCGGGAUCAGUGGGCUGGGCUAUCAUCUUUUUCUUCAUGCUGCUCUCCCUUGGUCUCGACAGUGCGUUCGGCGGAUUGGAAUCGCCCUUAACGGGUAUUCGAGAUGAGCUGUCUCAGCUGAUGAAGUAUCGAUACUUCAGGGAAGUCCUGACAUUAAUUAUUAUAAUGUCAGCAUUUAUAUUUUCUAUUCCUUGUUUAAUGCAGGGCGGGAUGUACAUCUUCACUGUACUGGACACAUUCGCUGCCGGAACUUCCAUCGUCUUCAUCGUCUUGUGUGAGGUCAUGGCCGUCUCGUGGAUCUACGGUAUGCCCCAGUUCUGCCGUGACGUGGAGAAAAUGACGGGGGAGGCACCGAGCAUCUUCUGGCGGAUCUGUUGGAAAUUUAUCUGCCCCUUUCUCUUAAUAGUGAUCGUAGCCUCCAGCAUCAUCUCCUACCAGCCCCUGACCUACCGGAGCUCCCAGGGUACCUACGUCUACCCCUACUACGCCAACAUCGUCGGCUGGUGCAUCGCCGCUUCCUCCAUGGCCCUGGUCCCGGGCUACUUUGUCUACAGGUUUAUCAAGAACAAGGGCUCCUGUCGGCAGCGAUUAGCACUUGGAAUAUCCCCGGAAUGUGAACAUGAGGAGAUAAUCGAGAAAAAAAUUGUCAAAAGAUUCCAGCGUCAUCAUUGGCUGUCGUUAUAACUAACUGACCAGCCGGUUUUUUUUCCUAUGUGAUAUCACCGUACAUACAACAUAGCCGUGUAUAGACCAUCCAGUAUUCCUCAGACCGUAGCCGUCUCAAUGUGCCCCUUCUCACCUCAUUGCUAGAUCAUUUGGCAGGGGACACCACUGCCAUUUUUGUUUUUUCUAAUUUAUUUAUUUAUUGUUUUAUGUUGU